AUGGCGAUCAUGACAAUUUUUACGGUUUGCGAGAGUCCUACGGCCGGCAUCGAUAAUACAUCAAAUAUUAACGAAUUGCCUCGUGGAUGGUGGGCUGUGCACCUUCCAAUACAGAAUGAUAGGGCGUGA